ACACGACCGUGUACUCCUCUAGGAUAAGCGCUCCUAUUUUUUGGAGUAAAUUUCUUUUUCAGAAAAAUUUGCAUCGAUGCGAUGAACAAUGGUGUUAAAUUUUUCCAUCGCAAUUUUCUCACUUUGCAUAGGAUUUCGAGAUUUAGUUCAAAAAUAUCUCAAUUAUCAAUAUCAGCAGCAACAACAUUCCCAUCUAUAGAAAUUGAUAGCAAAUUAGUAAGACGAGGAGAUUUUCGAGGAGUUGUUGCAUCGAAAGAAAAAAACAGGGCCAGUAAUCCGGAUGUUGUUCUCUCCCGAAUUCAAGAAAAUCUGCGAAAAAACUAUCGAAUAAGUGGAGAUGUGAUCCUUUUCGACGUGGUUCGACAAAUGGAAUCAGGAAAUCAAAACUUCAUUGAUCAUGUUGUACGUUCUCCGGAGCGCUGGAUUCCCAUGCUGAUUCACGGAUGCGGCCAUUCGCUCUCAAAUAUCGAAACGGCAUCAAAAAAUGAGAUUCUGGAAAGGCUUUGGGCACAAUUACAGAGCAAACUGGCAAAAGUACCUGUAUAUGCUUGGAAUGCUCGAUUUCAGGUUCUUAAUGAAAACGAAGUCGAUUGGGAUCCACUGAAAGAAUUGGAUAAUAUGGAACGAAGUGGCGUGGAACCAACAAUUGAGACAUUUCAUGCCGUUGUUAAGAGAAUAUCUGCUUCUGGAGAUGUUGAUGGAUGCAAAAAUAUGGUUUAUAAUAUGGCUAGAAAAGGAUUCUCCGUUGAUGCUCACAUAAAUGCAGCAUCCGUUUUUGCUUUUUCAAUUAGAGGACAUUAUUUGAAAGCUGAUUCCUUGUGUGAGGCUUCCACGAAAUACGGAGAAGAAGGAUCUCAGUUGGCUCACGGAGCAGCAGUACGGGCGGCCGCAUGCCGUGGUGAUAAUGAUCGCCUUCGACAAGUUCUACGAAAAAGCGUUAUUGGAUCAACAAAAAAGUUGUUCCUUUCGUCGACAGAUAUUUUGGAGACAAUUUGGCAAAUGGCGGAAAAAAGUAGAGAUGGAAAGGGAGCUGAAUGUUCGCAAUUAGUUGAGCAGAUGCUAAAUUGUACAUUGAGAGAUUCUGGAUUCUUCCGAAAGUUGUUCAGAGAAAUUGAAAGGCAUAUCUGUUCUCGACAUUAUUAUACAGCUUUAUCACUGCUAGAAGAUACAAAACGGGUAUCGGAUUGUCUGGAAAACCAACGAAAAAACGCAUUCUUACACCAGCUAGUCGGACGCCUUUCAACCCAAUUAAUUCGAAGCCACGAACCCGCUCAUUUGAUUCGUGAUAUAGCUAAUCGUGUUCAUUUCACAUUCAACAAUAAAUAUUCAAAGCUAAAAAUUCGAAUGUAUGAUGAUCUUCUCUUUGCCACACUAAUGCUGAAAGACAUGGAUCUUGAUGAUCGCCUGAGAUAUUUUAGAAGUUUUGUGGAUGAAAUUGAUACGAGAAGGGAAAGAAUUCAUAUAACACUGCCACUAAUGACCAGCGAACAAAAUCUCGAUCAACGACUCGCAAUACUGUAUCGCCUCUCCACUAUGGGCUAUCGAGAUUGGUCUUCUAUCGAAAAUGAACCACUGGUGCAAAUCAUUCUUCAGCCACUAUACAAUAGCGGGCGCCCAUUCAGAAACCAAUCAAAAUUGGAUAAACUUGCACGAAUCCUGAAAAGCUAUGGAAUUUCAGAGCGUCAAGUUUGGAUGAUUCUGCAUCGAUGGUCUAAACAGAAGGCAAAACAAGAAGCACCUCAACCUGAAGAGCAAUGGUCACGUCCUUACGCUAAAGAUUUGAGAGGAUGGUGUAGAGCAUACUAUUCGGAGACAUUUGAAUCACCGAAAACUACAAUGAAUAACUCAAUUCCUAUUCCUUAUGAAAAACUGAAAUCGUGCGUUGAUCAAGGCGACAUCACCAAAGUUUCAUCAGUAUUGUGUAGUAAUGGAUGGCCAGUGGACACUGAUUUUGGAGAGAUUGUACCACCAGUUCUCAACCUUUAUCUUAUGCAUGAAUCGUGGAAGAAUGUUCGAUCAAUGCUGGAAGAAAUUGCUGCAUUUUCUGGAGAAUGGAACGAAGAUCCAUCGAAAUCUCCCAUGAAAAACUUUCAUUUGUUGAGUGUUCUGAGAAGAAUGGCUGAAGAAGAAGAUACUCUGUCAAUUCGUGCAAUCACUGAUUAUGCAUAUGAGCUCCGUACUUUGUUUCCACAUGCAACAUGCUAUUAUGAAGGAUUUUUUGAAACUCAAACCGAGUAUAAGAAGCUUUUUGUGAAGUGCUUCGAAAGAUUGGAACGACAAGGAUUGACCACUUCUACAGUUGAUGAGCUCAUUGAUUUCUUGAGAUGCCUAGUAAAACUAGAUCUAAUUCAAUUACAUCCAAGUGAGAGUCUCACAGUUUUUUUCAUCAACAUUCUUCUGAAACGUCUUGGAUGGGCAGAAGCAUUGAGCACGUGGCAAAAGUUUCUGUCAAGUCUUCAUUGUCCCAAUGGUACUGUCGCUUUAUUACGACAUUGCUUGCAACAGAAUACAGAUGAAGCUCGAAUGAAUUUACAGUUUGUUCUUCAUCGUGGCUCAACCUUCCUGUCACAAUCUCGAAUGAGUGCAAUGCACUUCGCUGUGCUAAUUAGUAUGAGGAAAUUUGAAGACGCUGAAAAAUUCUGUGAUCAAUUAUCCCACAAAGUUGAUCCCAAUGAUUGCUUGAUGGCGAUGAGAUUGAUGAAUUCACUGAAAGCUCGAUCUGUUGAUGAUCAAUUCAUGCUCGACUUUGCUGCUUUAUGUCUUCGAAAACUAGGACUAUCAGAUAAUAAAGAAGUCGCACAGAGCAUGCAAGCGGAUCUACUUAGAAUAUGCGACACUCGCCAUAUGGGGCCAACAGCUCUCAGAGUCUAUGAUUUAUUUUCCGAAUAUGGUGUCGAGUUGCGAGAAGAAGAGAAGAAUCGGCUGGCGGCAGUGAUUGAAAAACAUUCAACACUUUCAAAAAAGUGGAUCUUCAAACCAAACGGAUUUCUGAACAUCGCUGCCGACGACGAUAUCAUCACAAAUAGCGAGGAGGCGAGAAUUCAGAAGAAAUUGAAGACGAUGUCUUGAAAACGGGUUAUCUAGGUGCUGUAUAGAAUAGUAUAGAAUAAUAGGUUUUCUAUUUGUUGCUUGUUGUUAUUUUUUCUAUUUUCGUUGUUAAUCUUAUUUUGUUGAGUAUCGAUAAACAUAGUAAAUUUGCAAUU